AUGACACGCCCGCAAAAGAUCCGCGACGUGCAGGCUGUCCUGCGCAAGAACUCGUGGGUGCUCGUCCGCCAAGUCGGCUCCCACCAAACCUGGGUGCACUGCACCUGCAAUUCCGCAGACGGAGAGCAUCUCCAGCUCGAGCUCGAGUUCGACACGGACGACGGCCUGCAGAACGCUUCGUUCUCGCGUCGCGGCUCGGCCUGUUCCUCCCCCACUCGCUCCUUCCCCUCGCCGACACGCGCCAACUCUGUUCGCAUCGGACGCACACCUUACCCCACGAUUGCGGAGUACUCUGACGUCUCGAGCGCCGCGUCGUCGUCAUGCUCGAGCACCUCGGACUCGGAGUCAGACGAAGAACCCGCAGACACCGAGGAGUGGUUCGGAUCCCGCCGCGCGCUCGAACGCCGCCAAGCCUCCGCCGCCGCAGCAGCUCCGAUACCCAAAUCGGCCUACGCGAGCGUCCCCCACACAGCAUCGAGAAAGGAACGCCGCCGUCCGCAGUUGAAGCUGGACACGUUCGUAGAAGCGGCCUCGCCUGAGAACUUGGCGACGCCGCGCGCCUACUCUCCCUCCAAGGCCUCGCCGACGAAAGCCUCGCCGACAACAAAGGCCUCUCCGCUGAAAUCACCAACAAAGGGCAACAGCCACACGCGCACCCCCUCGCUGCGCACGAAAGGCGGCUUCCCCUCGUCGAGCGCGGCACUAUCCCGCCCCGCCACCGUGUCGGGCCGCUCGCCCUCGCGUUCCCCCGCCCGCUCUCCCGAGCGCGAGCGCGAGCACGAAAUUGCGCUCGAAUUACCCCAACUCGCGUCGUGUUCCUGCUUCCUGCGCGCGUUCGAGGAAGCAGCAGCCUCCUCGUCUUCGCCCACCAAAGGCCCCGGCAAGGGCAAGGGAAAGGGGUUAGGAACCCUGCGCUCGCGGACUGCGAAGGAGCUCACGCGCCAUGCGGACCGGAUCACCAUCGCGAGCAAGCGUGGCGGAGAGGUCGAUCCCAAGUGCAUCAUGCAGCUGAAGCGGGUGCUGCAGUAUGUGCCGGAUGACUGGUGA